GCGCUGCUCUCGGAACAGGUUCUCUCGGUGUUCGGCAAAUUCCUCGCUUCAGUUUCGCCCCCCGCUCUCACGAGCACUGCUCCAACGAACUUUGCACGACCCCUGGGUUCACUGGUUGUCGUUGUUGUUGUUGUUGUUCGUGCCACCGCCGAUGCUGCUGUAAACAAGUAUCGUUAAAUGUCAGUUACGUCGAAGGUUUUUGCAAGUUUGGAUGUUUUAUUAUCAAUUAUACAAACAACACAUACAGGAAGGGUUGCAUUGCCGGCGCGCCAAGAGCAAAAAUUUGAAGCUCAAUCGGUUCAUCGGUCGUGUCGGUUCUGGUGACACAAUACAAUAAAUAAAUCCACUUAAUUAGCCAUUCCGACGGUUACGGGUCGCGUUUAUGGUAUUGUUGCGAAAAAAAAAUGUCGCGCCAAGUGUCAUCGUGGCCAUUAUUGUGACAGUUACUCGUACAGGGGAGUAUUACAGCGGGUUCAACGCACUUAAUUUUAAGGUGCGCGAGUGCCGUCGCCGAAUUGGCCUGAAAAGCCAUCCCAAGCGAAAUCCUUGCGUUGUGUUAACUGGCCCAUGGUGUGAUAACAAAAAAGUGUCAAGUGAUUGCGAGUGAUGCGUGAAAAAUAUUCUAUUUGAAGAAAAAAGGAAAGCAUCAUCAAAUAACCGAAGAGAAUAAGUGCGCACUGAAGUGACGUGAACCCACAAUACCAAACGAGAUAGUUUGUUUAUAAAUAUCACACCCCGCCCUGUCGUCAUAAUCGGGAGGAUUCAGAAGCAGUAGCUGAACGGAAGCGCAAGCGGAGGACAACAACCGAAGAAAUAAAUAAACCCACGAAAUCCACUCGGCGAUUCGGGGUCGUCAUCGUCUCGGCUAUUGAGUGCGUCUGUGCAUAGUUGUAUGUGAAUCGGUCACAUCCAAGCCAGGAAAAUGAUGGAUCGGAUACCGUCACUGUCAAUACCGGGUUUAUCGCUGUCGCAUCCACUGUCGAUACCGACCUCGCAGAAUCUCACGAAUCAAUCAUCGCAUGCCGCGCUCAACUCGCUUAAUCUUCACUCGCAGAAUUUGCAUGCGGCUUCGGCAGCGGCGGCAGCAUCUGUCAAUGCCCUGCACGGUUCCCAAGGCGUUGGCAGUGGAGGAUCGGCCACGGCGCAGGCAGCGGUGGCCGCAGCAGCUAACCUGCACCAGAAUGUCGGCGGGCUGCUCAACGGAAGCGCUAAUAGCAAUGGUUCUCCCUACUAUUACAGCCUUUUGGGGCAAACGAUGAUGAAGAAACCUGCCGAAGAACACAUCAAACGGCCGAUGAACGCCUUCAUGGUGUGGUCCCGACUUCAGCGGCGGAAAAUUGCCCAGGACAACCCGAAAAUGCACAACUCGGAGAUCUCCAAACGGCUCGGAGCCGAAUGGAAGCUGUUGACCGAGGACGAAAAGCGGCCCUUCAUCGACGAGGCGAAAAGGCUACGGGCGAUGCACAUGAAGGAACAUCCCGACUACAAGUAUCGACCGCGGAGAAAACCGAAACCCAUCCGGCGCGAUGGCUAUCCCUAUCCGAUGACGUAUCCCUCCGUGCCGGUCGAUGCGCUGCGGGCAGGUGAGUGGAUGUCCAACUGCAUCACACCCAGCUACUUUGCACCGGGCGCUCCGUACCACUUAGGAAGUCAUUUGUCACAAACUAGUCCUCCCACGACACAGUCCUCCAUCGGCAGCCAGAUGGACGUCUCCAAGUUCGCCCUGGAUAGAAGCGCCUACCUAAACACAGCCGCUGCCGGAGCUCUGUACGAUUCGACAAAGUCACAAACCAACCCAUACAGCGCCUACCUGGAUCCGACGACCGUGCUGACCAAGGCGUACUUCGAUUCGAAAAUGUACCAAGAUCGUGCAACGGCAGCCGCCAACUAUGCAUUCGACAUUUCCAAAAUCUACGGCUCCACGCAGCAACAACAGCAGCAACAGCAGGCGCAUUCCCAAUCGCAGCAGCAAUCCCAUCAACAGCAGCACCAACUACACCAUCAGCACCAGCUAAACGGUGACGAUCGGGAACCAACGCCGCAGUUGAACGACGUCAAUGUAGACAUCAAACCCCAACUUGGGGAACAGGUGGACAGUUCACCGUUGCACAGCAACAGCUACGGGGUCAACAGUGCAAAUCUGCUCGGAGGCGGAGGAAGUUCCGCCGGGUUGUACCAGUAUUCCAGUGCAGGGCAAGGAGGUGGAGGAGUUGGGGGUUCCGGUGCCGGAGGUGGAGGAACCGGAGACUAUCGACGCCCUUUGACGGUCAUAUUUUGACCAAACUCGGAAGUGAUGGAUGAAAGAGAUUACUGAAAUGCUGCAUUGUGAGAUUGCAUAGCGCUGAACGAUAUGGAUCAACGAGGUUAUAUAAACGUACAUUGCCGUUAAAAAGUAUUAUAUGUUAUGAUUUUUCGAGCAAUCCUUGUUCAGGUUGCUUUCUCUAAUUAAAUCCUACUGCAUUGGAAACGAGCCGACAUUUUUCUCCUGUUCGGCUUGUUUUUUAACUCACCGGUAGGCACAUAGCAGGUAUAACGAUUCCCCCAAGCAACAUAAUGAUCCACAAUUCACCACACAGACACAAACAUCAUCCCAUUGAGCGAGGACACGAACAUUUUAGAUUAUGCUACACUUUUAGACCAGUUAUGCUUCAACAUAGGAUAAGAACUUGUGUACAACAAGGCACAGUGAUGUAGGUAAGAGCUCUACGGAUAGAAGACGAUCCACUCUGGCUGUACAGUUAAAAUACGAAAUAAAUUAUUGCACUCCCAUGAAGAAACAUAAACCUAGAUAUUAAGGCAUCUUUCAACGAUUGAAACUCUAGCAAAUGUGUUUUAGUUUAAGUUGAAAUUCUCCGAAAGAGCAAGCGUCGGUUGAAAUGGUUUUAACGAAACAUAUUGUACGUACUAAAACAUAAAAGAUAGGAUAUGCAGCAGAAUACUCGAGUUCUUGGAAUGAUUUCAAGAAAGAUACGACAUAUAAUAUUUAAUUGUGAAGUUCUACUGGAAGAUUGUUAAAUUAUUUCAAAACAUAUUUUCAUCAUCCGAAAGAUGGUGGGAAAAACUAACGCAAAUUAACUGUAUUAUCAUGAUAAAGGGUAAUGGAAACGAACAUUGAAUGCAACUGAAAUAAAACUGUAGGAUUACUCUCAA